AUGUACUGCAUGAUCUGCACAAGACCAGACUUGGCUCAUGGUAUAAUUGUCACAAGCAGGUAUAUGAAGGAAUUUAGAAGAGAGCACUGGUAUGCCCUGAAGUGGAUGUUGAGGUACAUAAAAGGCAACAAGGAUCUUAGAAUUUUGUUUAAGAAGAAAGAUCCUGGAGAUGAUGAUCCAUUAAUUGGCUAUUGUGACUCAGAUUAUGCUGCAAAUUUGGACAACAGAAAGUCACAGACAGGUUACAUAUUCAAGCUUCAUGGUGCUGCAGUUAGUUGGAAAUCCACACUUCAACCUGUUGUUGUGUUAUCUACCACAGAGGCUGAGUAUAUUGCUCUAACUGAGGCAGUGAAAGAAGGGAUCUGGUUAAAAGGAAUCUUGGCCGAUUUUGGAGUAGAGCAGAAAAGAGUCAAGAGAGUUUUAGACCGGAUUGAAAAGGAUGAGGUAGAAGUAUUGAAAGUUGGCACAGAAGACAAUGCGGCUAAUGCAUUGACUAAGGCACUGCCAGUCUCUAAGCUCGAGCAUUGCUUGAGACUGGUGAGUGUAGUUGCACAGUGA